AUGAUCAGUAAAUGCGCAAGGUGAAGGUCAUUUUCUUACUAGUUAACAACUAGCAACUGGGCUGUGUAUAGGAUAUAGAUCUUCAAGUUCGUAUCUAUACCCACAAUCAUUAUAAACUAAAUGAAUAUGUUUUCGAAAUGGAGAACUUUACACAAAAUAAUCGGGAAUCAGUGUGCUGUUCAUAAAAUUAAAUGCAAAAACCUAUCCGGAUAUGGAGGCAGAAAGUAUGGAAGUACGCUUGUGUCACCAUUAAAGAAAACUCCAACUGUGACAGAUUCCGCCAAAGUUAGGGAGAUCAUAGACUCCUACGACACUUUUCUGUUAGAUUUGGACGGUACAUUGUGGGCGACUGACCACUACAACUCUAUCCCAGGAAUUCCAAGAGCCAUUGAAUUUUUAAGGAAACUGGGAAAGCAGAUUCUUUUUGUAACCAACAAUAGCUUUCACUCAAAUUCUCAUUACCUUCACAAAUUCAAGACUCAAGGCUUUGAGGCAGAGGAAGAUGAAGUCUUUGGAGUGGCAUAUGUUGCGGCCUUGUACCUUAAAGAUAUUCUUAACAUUACAGGCCAAGUCUAUAUGAUGGGAACACACGGCAUGGCAAAUGAAAUGGAUAAAAUUGGACUGAAAUAUUUUGGUUUAGGACCCGAUCCUGAUAUCUCAAGUUUGCAUGUUGAUGACCUUCUUAACAUGGAAUUCAGAGAAAAUGUCCAGGCAGUCCUAAUGGGAUUUGAUAAGGACUUCCAUUACAACAAAAUUUACAAAUCGGCAAGUUACUUAACAGACAAAAACUGUCAUUUCGUUGCGACCAAUGACGCAGAGAUUGCUGUCAAAAUUGCCCCCAACAGACUACAGCCGACAACUGGAAGUCUUAUUCAGUCUGUAGCAGUGGCAUCCAAACGAAAUCCCAAAGUUGUUGGUAAACCUCACACUCUGAUGUUUGAAUGUAUUUUGGGAAAGUACCCCGGAACGGACAAGAAGAGGACUCUUUUUGUAGGGGACAGUUUGAAAGCCGACAUUAGAUUUGCGAAUAAUGUUGGGAUUGAUUCUGCCCUUGUACUGACUGGUGCAAACAAAGUGAAAGAUAUACAGAACUAUCCAGAUGCCGUUCCAACAUAUGUCAUGCCAUCUUUUGCAGAUCUUUAUAUACGUUAAACAUAUACAUGUAAUAAUCAAAUUGGGUUGGGUUUGAUUUGUUUUGGUGCUGUUAGAGAUAUAGUGACUUUUCACUCUGAUGUCAUCAUUUCCCAUAAGCAAUGUUUGCUUUCUCUUGAACCUAAUUAUUCGGGCUACACAAUAUGUUCCAUCUAAUUUAAUGCAUAUCAAUUCUUGAUCACAAUAUGUGAUCUGUCUUUGUGACUCUGAUAGAACCUGAAACAUUGCAUUUUAAAAAUAUUAAUGAUUACAAUUAUAUAAAUACAGGGCAACAAAUGUUGUAAAUGCAUUAAAUGGUACAUGUAUGAUCAGGAAAAUGAGACAUUGCACCGAAUGGUUGUAUCAGGAGGUGCUAUUUUUUUUUAAAGAGUUUACAACCAUCAGCUAAUAGAUCCAUCAACAGGGUACCAAUCUAUGUAUGAAUGAGUACAUUGCUUCUUUGCAGGCUAUUGUCAAUUACUUUUCAUGGAUAUCUGCUAAGAAUAUUUUUUGUUUUGUAUCUUGCUUCUAGUUUUCAGCAAGCUUUCAUCCACUGUGUACACUGUAUCACAUGACAUAAACUGAGACUAAUACACACAUGUAUUUAUUUUUAUUGAACUAAUAGCACUGUAAUCUCGAUAACACUAAACAUGCUAAACAAGCAGUUUUGUUUGUAAUAAUAAUGCUUUAAAUUCGUCAGUAAAGAAAGUGAUGGCUA